AUGUCUAGCGAAGAUAAGAAACCCGUCGUUGACAAGAAGGAAGAGGCUGCUCCAAAGCCACCAUCCUCUGCUGUCUUCUCUAUGUUUGGUGGUAAGAAGGCCGAAAAGCCAGAAACCAAGGAAGACGAAGAAGAUACCAAGGAGGAAACCAAGAAGGAAGGUGAGGAUGCUCCAGAAUCACCAGAUGUCCAUUUUGAACCAGUGGUCCACUUGGAAAAGGUAGACGUUAAGACAAUGGAAGAAGACGAAGAAGUUCUUUACAAGGUGAGGGCUAAGCUUUUCAGAUUUGAUGCAGAUGCUAAGGAAUGGAAAGAAAGAGGUACUGGUGACUGCAAGUUCUUGAAGAACAAGAAAACCAACAAGGUCAGAAUAUUGAUGAGAAGAGACAAGACUUUAAAGAUUUGUGCUAACCACAUCAUCGCUCCAGAGUACACUUUGAAACCUAACGUUGGUUCUGAUAGAUCCUGGGUCUAUGCUUGUACAGCUGAUAUUGCAGAAGGCGAAGCAGAAGCUUUCACAUUUGCUAUCAGAUUUGGCAGUAAAGAAAAUGCUGAUAAAUUUAAAGAAGAAUUUGAAAAAGCUCAAGAAAUCAACAAAAAGGCUUAG